GAUGUGACGUAGCUUCGGAGGCGUUGGCCGGCGUCUCUGCUCCGGGCUGCUCUAGUCUCCUGAUCCUGGUUACACGUCCUUUGAAGGCGGAUUUCGCUAAGUCCAGACUUGGCCUCCUUGUUUUUAUUUGUACUGCCACUGAAUUAUUUACCAGAACCUGUCGAAAUGAUCAAAAACGGUCACCACGCCACCGCAGACCAGCGGGAUGACGCCGGUUGCAGUAAGCCGGGUGAUUCAGUUUGCAGCCCGGAGAAACGGAAACGCGUCGUCCGGCUGUGGUGUGACGGCUGUUAUGACAUGGUGCACUAUGGUCACUCUAACCAGCUACGGCAGGCCAAAAACAUGGGCGAUUACCUCACAGUCGGAGUGCAUACAGAUGCCGAGAUUUCUAAGCACAAAGGCCCUCCGGUCUUCACUCAGGAAGAACGCUACAAGAUGGUACGGGCCAUCAAGUGGGUGGAUGAGAUAGUAGAAGGAGCACCUUACGUCACCACCCUCGAGACUCUGGACAAGUACAACUGUGACUUCUGUGUGCAUGGAGAUGACAUCACGCUGACAGUAGACGGUAAGGACACAUAUGAAGAGGUGAAGCGUGAAGGCCGUUACCGGGAAUGUAAACGCACACAGGGCGUCUCCACCACUGACCUGGUGGGACGAAUGCUUCUCAUGACCAAAGCCCAUCACAGCAACUUGGAUAACCCAGAUUACCAGCAGCAUACAGACAACUUUGGAAAAGGUCCUAAAGGCCACAGUCCAUGGACAGGAGUGUCUCAGUUCCUCCAGACGUCCCAGAAGAUCAUCCAGUUUGCCUCAGGAAAGGAACCUCAGCCCGGAGACACCAUCAUCUAUGUGGCCGGGGCAUUCGACCUGUUCCACAUUGGCCAUGUUGACUUCUUAGAGAUGGUCUAUAAGCAGGCGGAGAGGCCCUACGUCAUCGUAGGUCUGCACUUUGACCAGGAAGUGAAUCGGUACAAGGGGAAGAACUAUCCUAUCAUGAACAUCCAUGAGAGAACGCUGAGUGUCCUGGCCUGUCGGUAUGUGUCAGAGGUGGUGAUUGGUGCACCCUAUGCAGUGGGCAAAGACCUGCUGGAUCAUUUUAGGGUUGACUUGGUGUGUCAUGGCAAGACAGAGGUAUUUCCAGACAAGGAUGGAUCAGACCCCUACGCUGAGCCUAAGAAGAGGGGGCUGUUCAGGACCAUCGACAGUGGGAACAAUCUCACCACUGAUGACAUCGUCAAGAGGAUCAUUGAAAACAGGCUGCAGUUUGAAGCCAGGAACCAAAAGAAGGAGGCCAAGGAGAUGGCGGUAAUCGAGGCGAUGAAGAAGAAAGAGCAGCAGGAGCAGAGUGAAGCUGCAGCCCAGGCUGCUCACUAGUGAGGCCGCAUCGCGUUUCUGUUUUACUCAUCCUGGUACACUUUAAGAGAGUGGACUGAACUGACCCAUACGGACGGUCCAGGUUGUCCUAAACUGGGCCUGGCUGGGUGAAAUGACCCAUGGGGGGCAGGUCGGCUUCUGCUAGUCCACUGGGUGCAGAAUCCUGCUUUGAAUAUUUAGUGAGGCAGUGUCGCACUUGCUGCUGGGCUAACUGCUCUCUGUCCAGCUCAUCUAUACACACUGCUCCGGCCUAAUGGGAUUAGAAUAGAGCUGCCUUACCAAGAAGACAAAUAAUCCACUACAAAGUGUUAUUUAACCUGCUUUACGUCCCUUUAAACAUCUUGUCCUCCACAUGGAACUUUUUAAUGUUAUCUUCUGUCAGAGAUUGCUUUUUCCCAUGAAAUCACACACUACAUGCUCCUGUAUAGGUGUAGAGUGGCAUGUUAGGUUUGUAAUUAUCCAUAACUUAUUGACAAAAUCUUAACUUCAUUGUCAGUUCUGCUUUUAGAUUUUAAAUCAUAUUAGUUUUUAAUGAUCAGUUUUAGAAGUGUCAUCAGUAAGUAAUAUGGUCUAGUUUUAAUACACUGAGAAAACAUAGUUAUUUUAAUCUCUUGUCACUUGUUUUAUCCAUCCUGAAAAAAACAAAUGAUCUGUGAAGUAGUCUUUUGAAUUUAACUACCAGAAUUUGCAACAUGUGUGAGUUUAGUGAGUGAGUGUUUCCCUCAUUCCUAAAGGUAUAACUAAUGGAAGGGCGUUGAGUUGUAUCUCUAUAGUUUAAACUACAGCUGUCUGUAAAGUUGUCCUUUCCUCAGUCUACUUCCAAUAAAUGAAUGUCCUCUUUUCUCCUCCUUUACAAGACAAUCGAAGAACCCAAUAUUACUGUCAAACUGCUUCUGCAAACGUUUGUAGAUUGUUGAAGGUUACGGUCUGUUGCUUUUCCUGCUGUUAUAUGGUGCGAGACGAUGCGUUAUUUUUGAAAUGUGUCUGGUUGGAAGUUGAGACAGUGGGUGGCUGAAAAAUAAAUAAGUUUCUAAAUAUUA